AUGUCCGGAAUCUCGCUUUUCUUUGCGGCGCGUGGGAUCUUGCACGAUUUACGCCAAGUCGUGGAUCUCACGGAAAUCAAGCAUGCGGAGAAAGAGGACAAGAUCAUUGGUGAAGGAACAGAGGAUGUCCUCAAACUCGAUACACUUCUGAAACUAUCCGAAAGCACAAGCCCUGAGCUUCGAUCUGCUGCUUUGCGCAUCAUCUCUGAAAGAUCGACCAAAGGUCCAACGCGCGACCUGCUUCUGGAAGAUCUAUCAUCUAAAAACAAGAGUAGGCGAGACAAAGCGCUGACGGCGCUGAAUUUUCUCGUAUCGAACCGCGCUUUAUCUCGAGCAUCGGUAUGCGCCAACCUCCAAGAUUACGAAACCUUUACAGCACUGGUGAAUUGCCUCUGCAAUUUUCUUGACGAACACACCGAACAAACUUCCACGACAGCCUCGCCGAUUUUGCCCAAGACAAGGCCAUUGGGAGAGAAGAAAGCACUUCAAAUUCUGAAUGUUCUUUUACCCGAGGAUGUCUCUACAGCUGUCGCAGCGGGAGUUGUGAGCAGGUGGCUUGUCAAGUAUCCUUUUCCUUGUGCGCUGGAAGAACCCUCCGGACGAGAAAAUGUCAUUCUUCUGAUGAAGAAUUGGUGGUCAGACGACGCAACUAUGAGCUCCAUACUUGGCACAUUGACUACACACCCUGAAGGCUAUGAGCAACUCCAGGAAUAUGGGCUGAUGAGCAUCAUGGGGGAUGAAUCGGAAGAUGAUAGAGAUAGAGACGAGGAUGAGGACCACGACGAGGACCCGGAUGAACACGACGACGAUGAUAGUGAAAUUUGGGAUAUUGAGGACUCUGAUGAGGAUCUUGAUGUUGAUAUGCCCAGAGACGGUGACAUCUUGAUGGAAGAAGGAGAUGAUACAGCUGGUUUAGGAUUCCAUGCUGGGCCUUCACGAAGACUUCAAGCGGGAACUACAGAAGAUCAGGCUUUGAGACGGCGGAGGCGUGAGGCAAUGGUGCUUAGUGAAGGUGGCCGACCACUAGGGCGCGAAAAUAUCAUCCAGCGCCCGCUUUAG